AUGUCUGAAAUAUCUAAAUUAACGCACCCCCGAGUCAUAGAUGGAUGGUUUCGUGAAAUCUCUGAUGAAUACUUUCCAGGCCAGGCAAUGAUGCUUCGAGUGGAGGAGAUCUUGUUAGCAGAAAAAUCAGAGUUCCAGGACAUUUUAGUCUUCAAAUCUACUGAUUACGGAAAUGUACUAGUGCUAGACGGAAUUAUUCAGGUGACAGAAAGAGAUGAGUUUGCCUACCAAGAGAUGAUUACUCAUUUGCCCAUGUUUAGUCAUCCCAAUCCAAAAAGAGUUCUAGUCAUUGGUGGAGGAGAUGGUGGAGUGUUGCGAGAAGUAGUUAAGCAUCCCUCUGUAGAGUCGGCUACUCUGGUGGAGAUUGAUUCUACCAUCAUAGACUUGAGUCGUAAAUACCUUCCUGGAAUGUCGUCUGCUUUAGAUCAUCCCAAGGUGAAGAUAUGCAUCCAGGACGGUUUCAAAUUCUUAGAAGAGGCUAGUGAAAAGUUUGACGUAAUCAUUACCGAUUCCUCAGACCCUGAAGGUCCAGCUGAAGCUUUCUUCCAAGAGAAUUACUUCCAUUUGCUGAAGUCGGCACUGUCUCCCAAUGGUAUAGUUAUCAGUCAGGCCUCAGAGAACAUUUGGCUUAAGAUUGCCAACCUGAAAAAGUUGAAAAAUAUUUGUGAAAAAGUUUUCAGCCAAGUCAAGUACUCAUAUUGUACAAUUCCAACCUACACAUCAGGCCAGUUAGGACUCAUGGUAUGCACAGACUCUCCAGAAAUUGAACUUAUCACUCCAAGUAGACGAGUUUCACGAAAAGAGGAAUCGGCACUAUUUCGUUACUACAACUCUGAAAUACACACUCAGAGUUUCGUGCUGCCAACUUGGGCCGACAAAGUGAUUAACGGAUAG